UUAUGUUGGGGAUACUGCUCCAAUUUCUGGACCUAUUGACUUUCAAAAACGUUUACAAAAUUUAAAAAUUAAAAGAAAUGAAGAAAUUACCGAUGAAAAUAAAAUCGAAAAAAAUGAAGAAUUUAAAACGGAGAAAAAUGAAAUUUCUCCAAAAGAGCGUUUAAAGAGCCUUGCAGGCAAAAGAAAAAGAAUUUAUAAUGCAUAGAGCUGAACAGGAGUCGAUAAUUACUGACGGAGGAUUAGACCAUCAAAAUACAGAAUGGGAUACUUUAAGCAAUACAACAUUAAGUGCCGAUUGUUGUAGUCAAAUUGGGGGAAGAAUAGGGUUACAACAACAAUUGCAUGAUGGGGAUGUUAGUGAAGCUAGCUUUGUUUUGGUUAAAAGAAAAUUAAAAGUAAAAAAAUUUCGAUUAUAAAUACGCAGAAAAAAUCG